AUGAUCUACCACAAGCGCACCGAGCACUUUGACGAGAAACCGUUCGCCUGCGAGAACUGCGGCGCAAAAUUCGGCGCCAACUCGUCUCUGAAGAACCACAUGAGGCUGCACACGGGAGAGAAGCCGUUCAACUGCAAACACUGCGACAUGACGUUCAGCGUGGCCGCCGCUCUCGCGUACCACACAAAGAAGAAACACUCGGAGGGUAAGAUGUAUGUGUGUCAGUACUGUAAGGCCACCUUCGCCCAGUCCAUCGAGCUGACGCGUCAUGUGCGGACACACACCGGGGAUCGGCCUUACGUGUGUCGAGAAUGUGGCAAAGGCUACAGCCAGGCCAGCGGACUCACCGUCCACCUGCACACCUUCCACAACCUUUCGGAGCCUCACGACUGUCAGAAGUGUUGCCUCAGCUUCUCCUCGCUGGACGAGCAUCGCCAACACAUCCAAGACUUCCACCCUAAGGAGUACCACAAGUGUCCCACCUGCAGCAAGGUGUUCACCAGCGCCGCCCUGCUGGAGAAACACAAAAGCACACACACGGGAUCCAAACCGUUCAGCUGUGACAUCUGCAGCAAGUCCUACCAGCAACUGUCAGGUCUGUGGUACCACAACAGGACGACCCACCCCGAGGUGUUUGCCAGCCAAACCCGGCAGCUCAAGACUCUGGUCCAGUGCGACGUCUGCUUUAAGUUCUUCCCCAGCGCUGCCAGUGUGGCCAAACACCAGGCGGCAGAGCAUCAAGGCUCGGAGGCGUUGGCGGUGCGAUGUCCGCACUGCCCGGCUGUGCUGGGCGGGGAGGAGGAAAUGCAGGAGCACAUCAGCAGCCAACACGGCGGUCAGGGCAUCGAGGCGUUCAGCUGCCCCCUCUGCUCCCUGAUCUGCUCCUCCCAGCUGGAGCUGCAGGAGCACCUGCUCUCCCUCCACAUGGAGGCCACAGAGGAGCAGGCCUCCACCUCCCACACUGUAAGGAGCUCUGCUACUGCUCUGCAGUCAGAUAGGAAAUGUUGUCCACCAUGCGUCCUGCCCGCUAAGAUUUAUUUAUUUAAAUACUUCAGGGUCGCACAAACCCUCCCACAUCCUCUGCCAACAUACACCUAAGCAGUGCAAUUCUAACCCUGCAUUCAAUCGUCUUAUCACGGCCACUCUGCUGUAUUUAACAAAAUGUGACAAAUUUAAACUUUGGCUCUCGUUAUUGAUUAAACAAGGAGAAAUACUCUUCUUUAAAAUAUUUCAAACAGCCUGAAAAACACUGAAGUUGUGCAGUGAAACCUGAUUUCAGAUUUGAGUGUGUAGGGGUGUAAAACAAUAAAUCAAUGAUACACCGGUGAAAUGUUUUCCAGCCAAGUAACCCCCUGCCCUGUGCCAGAUCUUAAAAUAAACUAAAAAGACUUUUAUAAAGAGAGAGAACACAGAGCUGCACUGUAACUGAAAACACAACAUGAGGUGACUUCAUCCAGCUCGUUUGGUUCUCCCUAUAAAUAAAAAAAAAC